AUGCAUAUCCCGAGAAAUAAAAAAGCUAGCUCUUUAGACAGAAUACAAUUAGACAUACAGGACCUACGUAAUCCGUGGGUGCUACGUCUUCCGUAUCCUUCUCGUACCAACACACGUGAAACCACGCUAAAACGCGUGAAAUUUUCACCCCCUUCAUACCUCCAUUACGAGGAAAGAGAACUCAAUGACGGGGAUCACCCAAUCGAACUUCCUAGAAGUGAUCUUAGGCACUCCAUGCCAAGCAAUACCUUGAGCUCUGAUGAUCCAUUCAAAUCACCAAUCAAUCGCCCAAUGUUCCAAUUCAAUAAAAAACGAAGACGACAACCCAGCCACUUAGAACCCCAUAUCAACUCACCAAAAGAAGCUAUCCAAAAAGCUAGAAGUCUACUCAUUCUAGCUGCCUCCCUAGAAGAGGAUACCGAAGAACAAUCGAAAGUCCUAGACUUAAUCGAAAUAUUUUGUGAAUAUCUUGAAAAAGGAAAACUCAUAAAAGCCUCAAAUAUUAUCACAUUAUAA